GCAACCAAUUCUUAUGCAUCCCACGAAAUCUCGGCCGAUUGAUUUGUCUCGCUUUCAUUCCAUCUCCCCCGUCCACUGCUGCCCCAGGUGCGAAGAAGUACGCUCUCGUGCUGGUUCAAAAAGGUCUAACACGCGCCCUCUUCCAUGCGCUCUAUUCUGAAUCCACCGAGGCGACGCCAAGUGAGGAAUUUAUGAUACAUAUUCACCAGCUCUUAUGUCGAAUCGGACAUUUGGAUAAACGCUUCGGCGUGCGUGCCCGAAUCAGUCAAUGCCUUCAAAUUACCUUGGGUCUGCUGCGUGCUCAAAUUGCCUUAUUGGGGACCUAUGCACCAACUCCCGCCUUGACGGCGUCGAUGCCAACGAAUGCCGCUCCGGCCAAUGGGCAAUCCCACAACACUUCAAAUUCAGUGAAUCUGUUCACUGCGUAUUCCGGUCACACAGGUCUGGGUUUCUGCCCCCAGUUCAUUGGCACCGGAUAUUCAGCAGGAAUGACGAACAAUUCAGUUGGCACUGCAUCCAACCCUUACGCUGGUGCUGUUAUUGCAAUCCCAAAUUCAUUGAACCGGAGCCUGAAAACAGUGCUUCGCACACUUCGUCUGUAUGUUGUCUGUGGAGCCGGUAGAAUGAAUGCUUCCAUUCUGGGCCGUUCUGGAGCUAUCGCUCUGUUGAUUCGUUUGCUAACCAUCGUCGCUGGGCUCCCAGCUCCCAAACCAUAUCCUGGGCACUUAUCUCCUACAGUCUCACCCAAGUCGUCCAACACCGUAACCAAUGCGGCAACUUCGAGCGCAUCCACCAUCGGCCCGGUGAACCAAAACACCCUGGGAGCACAAACUGCGGGGCAGUUUGCAAGUAUGGUUAACUCGGGAACAAACAAUUGUCAUGGAUCCUCUAUCGGUGUGGUACUGACAAGCGCCAGUUCCCCUAUGCCCGGCCUCACUCGCACCGGAGCGGAGAACGGUUUGAUUAUUGGUAGUCCGAUCGUGACUGCUGUCACAGCAACAGCAUCAGCAGCUGCCGCACUUCAUCGCCACCGUCUGCAAAAUGCAACUCGACGCUCAGCCAAAACCAGUUCGGUGAAUUUUCUGGCCACAUCCGCCGCCUCGCUUUUGUCCGCCCCACCUUCGUUGUUAGCGAUCGGAGUACGUUACCAUUCCAAGCUGAUUCGACUGGUACUCAAUACCCUGCAUUGCCUAAUCAAGUGGAAGAACAAUUCCACUCGGGCGGUCGAUGCUGGAGGAGUUGCGAUUUUGUUGGAUUUGUUUCUCGACGUCCAUCGUUGCGACCUACACGGACGGCGAAUCCCGCUACAACGAAGUUCUCUAGCCUGCCUCAAGUCCCUCACAGUCUCACAGAACAAUUCCACUCGGGCGGUCGAUGCUGGAGGAGUUGCGAUUUUGUUGGAUUUGUUUCUCGACGUCCAUCGUUGCGACCUACACGGGCGGCGAAUCCCGCUACAACGAAGUUCUCUAGCCUGCCUCAAGUCCCUCACAGUCUCACGUGCUGGCCGGAAGCUGUUCAUCAACAGUGGCGGACUGCACACAUUAUUUGCAGUAUGUGCUGGUUACGUUGGUCCUGAUCCCUUUUGCCGUAUCGGCUUGGGUAUAACCUUCAGCAAUUCGAAAUCCGUCUCGGAUUCCGGUAGUCUACUCGGUUCUCGACCCGGCAAACCCGUUGGGUUUCGUCGAGCAAGACGUGCUGCAGCAUCACAUAGUUUGCUUCGAAGUAGCGACACCUCCACAGCCUCAGCCACAGGUGGUUCCGGGUGCAGCAGUCCGCAGUCGCAAAAGGGGAAAGUGGUGAAUUGCGAUGCGCCGCGUUUACCGUCGUCGACAGCCGUUUCCUGUGCACCGCAGGCCAUAGCAUCUGAGAGUUUGACCAAUUUGUCUUCAUCGGCUGCUGGAGACAACGGUGCUGGAGUUCCUUGCCGCUUCCCUUCAAGUUUAAACAAAUCAGAGGGGCUUGUUGCGAUUCUCUCUGAUGCUUGCUUGUUGUUACGUCGCUGCUGCCCACGAAGCCGAUUACCUGUGACAGGUGCCGAGGGUAUACUUCGGUGCCCGCUACCUAGAGAGUCCUCGGUGCGCACAAAUGUGGAUGCACACUCAAAGCGCGAUCCUGCCAGUUCUCAGGACGCCGAUCGGACAGUUCCCUCUGAUAGCAAAUGUCUGAAGGACCGGAGUUUUGCCACAGACUGUUCUGUGCUAUCCAACGUGUCCAGCGCAAAACGAGAUGACAAACGUUCCGGUCGUCUUAGCCCUCGGAUCAAAGACUCUGUCGCCACCGAUAAAGUUACUCGACUGUCUUCAGCGUACUGCGCAGAUGACAACCAGUCGGAUACUGGCGUCAGAAGCGAAUCUACUGAGCUUAUCACAUCCGAUCUCCCUUCACCAACUCGACGGACGGACACCAGUGAAGUACAAGUCUCCAUUCGUGAGCCAGUGAAGCGUCGUUCUGUGCAGCGAAAACGAACCUUGAACGCCAGCCGUGACCCUGCUCUGAAGAAACCUGUUGCCAAGUUGUCUCCGGCACGCAGACCAUGCACUAGGAAGUGCAAAGGAAACAAGCAUGUUCCGAGCAAGCUUCAGCUCCCGCUUGGUUCCGCCAUCUCCAGUUCAAGCGGCUCAUUGCCAAAGAAUUGCUCGAAUGGACCAUUUAACUCCUCCCGUAGUCGUUCAAGACGUUUGAGAUCGCGUAAUUACAAAUCUACUCAGAGGACUGCAAGAGGGUCGGAUACUGGCGUCAGAAGCGAAUCUACUGAGCUUAUCACAUCCGAUCUCCCUUCACCAACUCGACGGACGGACACCAGUGAAGUACAAGUCUCCAUUCGUGAGCCAGUGAAGCGUCGUUCUGUGCAGCGAAAACGAACCUUGAACGCCAGCCGUGACCCUGCUCUGAGGAAACCUGUUGCCAAGUUGUCUCCGGCACGCAGACCAUGCACUAGGAAGUGCAAAGGAAACAAGCAUGUUCCGAGCAAGCUUCAGCUCCCGCUUGGUUCCGCCAUCUCCAGUUCAAGCGGCUCAUUGCCAAAGAAUUGCUCGAAUGGACCAUUUAACUCCUCCCGUAGUCGUUCAAGACGUUUGAGAUCGCGUAAUUACAAAUCUACUCAGAGGACUGCAAGAGGGGUAGAUGAUCGGGCGAAGAAAACCAGUUCCAACACGUCUCAGUGCGCUGCUCUUCUUAUACCUGAUUCUGUGGAGCUCCAACAUCCGCCCACGAUACAUUCCCAUCAACUAGAUUUUCCUCCUUGUGGGAGUCCUGCACACAGCCACCGAUCGCCAAGCCCUGUCUCAGCUGCGACAGAGUCGACCCCGAAGCGUCGUUCGUCCGAAGGAGGGGAGUCUUGUUGUUAUGACUCACCCUCGACCUAUCCACCGCCCACAGUAUCUCCCCAACGUCGAAGUCCUUCGCCUGUCGUAGUGUUGGACACCGUGGAUGAUGAGGAAGACGAUCCGGACGAUGAUGACGAUGAUGAUGGUGAGGAUGAUUUAGAUGAGGACGAAAGGAAUCAGGCGGUGAAUUUGUCUGAGGCACAGCCAACAGAUCCGAGAUCCAUUGUGGCAGAUCUUAUCAAAACUCACGGUCUUUUUUUCCCGGAGUGGAUCGAUAUUCCUCAGGAAGCUCCUGAAUAUUUGGCCAAAGAACAGUUGAUUCCUAAUAUUGAACCGCACGUGGCUGCUUGGCCUUUUAUCAACGCAACAUCCCCAUCAGCAGCAAUUCGCGAUCAAGCUGCAUCUCCAAAAGAUGGGGUGAAGUUCGAACUGAAAGAUACCUCAUCUGAAACGGAAACAAUAACUCCAUUUGCCAAUACGUAUCUGAACCACGCCCGAUACACACAAACUCUGGUCCCACUGCAGACAAUCGCCUACCCCGAUUUACUCGGGGCUUCGUAUGCUCCUUAUGUUGAACCGUUUUACAAUAGAAUUUCGGAUGUACUCUCCGGAGCGGACAGUUUAAUUUCCAGUGGAAUUGGAGCAGCUGAAGAGAACGGACUCAGUUGUCAGGAUGCAAGCGAAUCCACUCAAUCUCAUCUGGGAACGGACUCGAGCCUUGAGGACCCGCCAAGUUCUGUUCAUUUACAAAUCCCUUCUGUAGACACUGGUCGGAAAGGUCUUUCGAAGUCACUGUUAGACCAUCGGCCAAAUAGUAUGAAGAUAAGCGGAGGGCGACGUUCUUCGACAGGCACAACUAGCGUAUCCCAGUCCCCGCGCUCUAGUGCUUCGCGUCGAAUCUCAAAGAGUACUGGUAACCUACAAAAACUUUCCCUAGUUGAACGCCCUCCUCCUCGACUACCGUACAGUCUGACUGGUCUUCCACACGUGGAGAUUUUGGAUGAUGUUCGGCGCCUUAUAGAUCCAGAUGACUUGCUCAACCGCACCGUGUUCGAUCUGGACGACCUCAUAUUGACUGCGAUGCGAGAGUCCACGAAUCCCCAACAGCCGCAGCCACCUCAAUAUGUGGAAUUCCAACCCCGAUCAAACUCCCCACGUGCUCACCAGCUAUUUCCGCACCAACCCGUUGUGAAAACGCACGGCUCCGAGUCUGAUGUGGCGACUGUUGCUGGAACUAGUCCGUCUCUGUUGGCAAAUGCACAGUCCAGUUCGUCCGUAUGUGCCUCUUCUGACCCAUCUGUUUAUCGAUCUCCACUGGCUGCGUCAAAUAUUCUGUCACCUACACCGGUUCGUUGCUCUACCUCUAAUAGUCAACAUUAUUCCUCUGUAUGUGUCUAUGGGCCAGAGCUGGAAUUGUCUGGUUCCCAUGUGGACUGUGCCAUGACCAAUGAGGAUGAGACACAGCUCAGUGUCUCAAACGUUCGGUCGGGCUUAAUGUCACGGCUUUCAAGCCUGAUUUCCGCCACCUUUCUGUUACUCUCAUCUUCCAGAAUCAACCACUUUGAUAUGGAAAAGGGUCAUCUGGAAUUCGAAUCGCGAUUCGAAUCAGGAAAUCUUCGGAAGGCGAUACAGGUCCGUCAGUACGAAUACGAUUUGAUUCUCAGUCCGGAUGUGAAUACAAUUUCGAAUUUGCAAUGGUUCUAUUUUCGUGUGUCAAACGUCGAGGCAGAUGUGGACUAUCGCUUCAACAUUAUCAAUUGUGAAAAGCCCAGCAGCCAGUUCACAUCGGGUAUGCAGCCCCUACUCUUCUCUGUCCGCGAAGCACUGGAUGGUCGCUGCUAUUGGAGACGUGCGGGCAAAUUUAUAAACUACUAUCGGAAUCACUUUGUUCGCACGACUCACGGGAAACGUGUUGCGGAUGGGAACACGUAUCACACAACAACAUUUACCAUUCAGUUCCCUCAUACGGGAGAUGUCUGCUACUUGGCUUACCAUUAUCCAUACACCUACACGAGACUGUUGGCGGAUAUCUCUCGUUGGCAAGAGCAGUCUUCCUCCGGUGACCGCAAGCUGUACUUCCGCGUCCAGCAGCUGACACGGACUAUCUUGGAAAACCCAGUUCCCGUCAUCACAAUCACAGAGCUUCCUGAUAAUCAAAGCGGGGAGAAUGAUAGUCUGGAUCAGCAAAAGAGGGAACUCAAAUCGUCGGAGAGUCCAAGCGUUCAGGACAAUGCCAUCAUUUCGGAUCAAAAGCCCUACAUAUUCCUCACUGCGCGUGUUCAUUCGGGUGAGUCCAAUUCCAGCUGGGUGAUGCAAGGUCUGAUCGAUCGACUCGUGUCAAGCGAAGAGAAGAUGGUGCAACUGCGUCGAACGUUCAUUUUCAAAAUUGUACCCAUGUUGAAUCCAGAUGGAGUUAUUUGCGGGAAAAGGGCAAAACCGGUCGUGGGCUGUCGAAGAAGUUUCAGCAACCUGAUGAGUGGUGCUUUACGAAUAUACAUGUAUCGCGAUAUCUCGAAUAUCGUAGCGACUGAAACAUGGGGCGGCCUGGUGCAGCACAUUCAGUUGCCUGGAAACAUCACAAACGAGAGAUUCAGCUCGGUUCCAGGUUUCUUUCAUCUGUGUGUCUUGUUGGGACACAUUCGGAUAAUGCUCUCGAUUCGCGAAGUACAUUCAUUUCAAAUCUCCAUCAUCUUGAUUGUUGUGUGUCUCUCUCAUCCGUUUUCGUCCAGUCAUCGGUGUUCCAUGGCUGGUAAGGACCUCAAUCGGCGCUGGAUCAACCCAUCGGUCGAUAUCCACCCAACCAUAUACCACACCAAAAAGCUGUUGCAUUUGCUUCAUGCCUGUGAAAGACAGCCGUAUAUAUAUAUCGACUUUCAUGGUCAUUCGCGCAUGAAAAACAUCUUCAUCUAUGGCUGUAGCCCGCUGGAGUCCUGGAAGAGUCCGGAUCUUCACAACCCGACCUACCGCAGCUACGGCCGAGGUGUGGAGGACCGCUCCUAUCGUCACCUGGCUGAAGUAUUGGACACCGUGGCUCCUGCCUUUGCGAAACGGUCCUGUUUAUACUCGGUCAAUAGGGCGAAAGAAACUGCAGCUCGCAUCGCUGUCUGGCGAGAAUUCAGCGUCGUCCGUUCCUUCACGAUAGAAGCCUCCUACUGUGGCGUGACGCGUAACAUCGACGCGCCUCAACUUGAUACCCCCGUCAACUCCGAUCCACUGGCCAGUGGACAUCAAAUCAAUCCGGGUCACCUAGGUAACUUUGGCGCACAACUCCUGGAUGCAUUUUUACUUCUACCAACCUAUGAUCUCGAACACCCGGCUCCUCCAACCUCUCCACCUCCAGCCUCAGUCGAUAGCUCUAUCAGUUACUUUCCAGAGUACCCCGCACUGGCCGAUUCAGAGAAGGCACCCGAUGUUACGGAUGAAGAUGCGGUCACAGUGGAGCGAGAUAAGCAAGCUGCUCUAGACCUUCUCAGUCCUCAAAGCGAUUCAUCCGGCGAUUCCGACUCAACCUAUCGUCCGGAUCAUCGAACGACAGCGACAACCCUCCUGACGGUUAGCCGAUCCCACCUACCCCCUCGCCCCACUUUUUUUGCUCAGAAUACGGACAGUGCGGAAGAUUUGUUAUCCGAUAUAGAUAUGGUUGAGAAACCGUCAGAAUCAGUCCCCGUCCCCACUCUCCCGGUUUCUCUGUGCGCCUGGCGUAUCCUGCUGAUCGGAGCUGUUUUCCUCUAUUCGUCCUUCACAAUCUUCGUUCAUCUUUGUGAAGUGGAUGGCCGUCUACCCUUCCUGUCCGCCUCCGUGAUCUUCCUCGUCGAGUUGCUCAAGCUUCUGCUGUCUCUGGUCAUGUUUGGCAUUCAUCACGGCUCAUUCACAUUCACUUCAACCAGUGGGACCCACACCAGUUUUAUCGAUGCCAUACGAUUAGAGUUACGUCACAACCUGAUGUCUUCCUCAGACGCAUCGAGACCGCCACCAAGUCCGCGGCCUCCACCCUUAACCUAUCCCCAGUUAUUCCGUAUCAUCCUGCCAUUCAUGAUUCCGGCUGUGUUGUAUGCGGUGAAUAACAACUUGGGUAUUUUUAUCCAGUUGGAAAUGGAUCCAGCAACGUACCAGGUACUUGGAAAUUUCAAGAUACUGAGCACAGCGAUUCUGUUCCGUCUAAUUAUCAGGAGGCCUAUCUCCCCAAUUCAGUGGUUCGCCCUGUUUCUCCUUCUGUCUGCCGGUUUCACGCACAGUGUAUACUUAAACUAUCCCAUUCUCCCUUUUCUGUCCUCUCCACUCCCUCUCACAACUAGCUACGGAAGUCUCCUCGCGAAAUCAGCAUCCCCCCCGCCAGGAAGUGCUGUUCCGCCAGCUUCCGCCUCGCAUCGGCUUCACAUCACCGUCCUGGGUAUUUUCCUUAUUGCUCUCUACUGCACCAUCUCCGGUCUGUCUGGAGUAACCACUGAGUACCUGAUGAAGCAGCGUGCACAGAUGAAUAUUCACCUGCAAAAUGCGCUACUCUACACCUUUGGGAUCAUUCUCAACGGUUUGAUGUUCGUCGUGGAAGUGCAUAGGUCUGGUGACCCAGCCUAUUGGAAUCCAUUCAAAGGCUACACUCUAUGGACGUGGCUUUUGAUUCUGACCCAGUCCUUUUCUGGCAUUUUUAUGGGUUUUGUAAUGAAGUACUCGAACAACAUCACACGCCUUUUCCUCAUCUCCUCCGCGAUGUUGGUGACUACCUUCACUGCAAUGUUAGUGUUUGGGUUGCACCUGAACUUCCUGUUCAUUGCCUCCUUCCUCCUGGUCUGUAUAUCACUUUUUCUAUAUCAUCGCUAACCGCACUUCCUGCAGAGGGCUUCCACGUUGCUUCGUUCAUCGUUCCAUUGGUGGCUCCAAUUGCAGAACUGUUUCUGUGAUAUAGUUAAUGCUUAACCUCUGACUCGUAUAGCUCGCUAUCCGGUUCAGAUGUGACUUCUUGUACACCCGAUUCAAAUAAGGAGUGCUGUUCAAACUUUACCCCUUUUAUGAAGCACGGUGGGAGUAUUAAUCAUAAUGUUUGUUGCUCGGGGGUAGUUGUGCGUGGAGUUUACGCCACGCACACUAUUCAUUUCACCUUCUUACCGUUCCGUCAAACGACGUCACUGAAAUUUCGUGACUUCAUUGGACAUUAU